ACUCCAUCCCAGACUCGACCCCCUACUCGAUCAACCACUACUCCAUCUGAUACUCCAACCACCACUCGAUCAACCACUACUCCAUCCCAGACUCCAGCAACUACUCCAACCACUACUCCAUCCCAGACUCGACCCCCUACUCGAUCAACCACUACUCCAUCCCAGACUCGAUCCCCUACCCAGACUCCGUACCUUACCGCACUUCUCUCUCUGCCACCCGUUCAUGUAGAUGUCGAACCAACGUUCGUAGUGAGUGAAGAUCCAGCAUCAUGGCCAGCAUUACCACGACGCACUAGUACGACGCCGCCACCAACUAAGAUGCCAACUACUGCUGAUCCAACCACUACUCGACCUCCAGCAACUACUCGAUCAGCAUCUACUCCAUGUGAUACUCCAGCAACUACUCCAACCACUACUCCAGCAACCACUGCCCCAUGUGAUACUCCAGCAACUACUCCAACCACUACUCCAGCAACCACUACUCCAUGUGAUACUCCAGCAACUACUCCAACUUUAAGUCGUCGACAAAAGAAAAACCGGACAAGACAGCUUCGGAAAUCGGUGAGUAAACCAAAGGUCGCUAAGUCUGUAAGUAAAACGAAGAUUACUAGGUCGGUAAGUAUACCCGAGUCGGAACAACUUCUUGUAGGCGGUGGUGUGCAGGUUUAUGACACCAACAUCAAUAUAACAACUGAUACCAUAGUUAGCAUCCUUAAAGAUCCUAUCACAGAUAGAGUUUCGAAUAUACCACCGGUUAAACCUAAGGGAGAUUUAACUAGAAUUCUUCAGUCAAACGAGGAAGACUUUGACGACACAGUCCAACUUCGCACAGGUAAGUGGUCCCAAUUAGCGCUAAACUACUUCAACAACCAUCUCCAGAAUGACAUCAAAUUACAUGCUGCAAAGUGGAACAUUCAACAGUUCAAUGGUUUGUAUAAUCCGCUGUCAGGUAUUACAAAUAAUGCGUCAGAAAGUAUCGACGCUGUCUUGAAAACUCACGUGAAAGUUGACAAACUUAGCUCCAGUAUAUGA